GCCUCUCUUCCUUGGUUUGUCAUCCACACCGCUGUUGUUGCAGCCAUUUUACCGUGGAGCGUCGGAACAGCGGCGACCGGAGGAUGCCGAAACAGCAGCGUUGAAAGCAGGUAUUUCUACCUCCGGAGCUGCCGAGUCUGGAUCUAUGAUUGCAAGCCACCUACUGCCCCCAUGUUCCUGCUUGACGCCAGCUGCUCCAUUUGACUAGAAACAUGGCUGGCGCGGCACAAGGUCCCGUGGUUGGCCGGCCAUUGGCAUUUGCCAAUGAAGAGCAGAGGGCGGUUCACUCCUGGUCCCGGAUUUCGUCAGCGGGGCAUAACGUCCUCAUAGAUGCUCUAAAGAUCCUCAGCCCGAUGUCCCGUGACCUCUCGAGCAGUGAGGAGCUGGUCACCUUCCUGCGGGAGCUGAGCGAGGAGGGCCACAAGCCCACUGUGCUGCGCAGCAAGGAGGUGUACGGCUACCGCUCCUGCACAAGCCAACCUCUUACUGAAGACAUGCUGAAGCCACCUAACCGGAACGUCAGACCCACUGCCAAGAGGAGGGGACGGAGGCUCCAGGCCAAGAAGAGAGAGGUGCACCCUUCCUGGAACACUUCUGAGAGCAGCAACCCCAGGAUUCAAGGGGUCCGCCCUCCAGAGAUGUGGGUGGACCAUCGUGCAAUCAUCUGCAGCAGGACAUACGGUCGGACUGUAGAGAUGUCUCAGGCGCUGCAGGUGCGGCCAUGCCUCAGACUGACCAACAUUGAAGGCCUGUCUGGCUUCCACACGGCCAGACUCCAGAUCCACACUUCCUGGGACUCGUCUUCUGAGCAACAGCAGCAGCACCCUCCAACGCUUUCAGGAAUACCUUUUCAGCCUUCUCAGAAUGGUGGCGGGGCACCCACCAAAGCUGUGGCCUUGUUCAGCCAGAAGAGCCUGUCCUGUCCCAUCCGAUUGGACGGCGCCCUCAUUGGUGAUUCUGCGCCGGUCUUUUAUGCUAAUGGCCGAGCAUUCCCAGAGACUCACACGGAGCUAACCAGCAAUGGAUGGAGGAGCAAUGGCCUCCACCGGGAUAGUCGGGGCCCCAAGGAACUGAACAACCAGACCAGGCAGAGAAACGGCUGGAAGGACAAGAAUGGUUUUAGAUGGAAAGUGGUAAAGGUGGAUGACUCUCGCUCGGUGGCUGAGGCCCGCAGAAAAGCGCAGAAGAUUCUGCAGGUGAACCUGUCUCCAGUUAUUCAGAUCCAACCUCUCAACCAUGUGCUGAGAGACUUCAGAUACCAGAAUAAGUGACAAUUCCCCCAAACACACACACAUUGUUUCCUUUAGCAGAUGUUAGUGUUUUACAUCCAUUAGCCUAUACCUGGCUGAGCCCCAGUGUUCAUAGCAGACGUCUUACAUGGGUUUUUGUGAUCUCUGCUGAGUGUUGGAGGUAGAGAAGUUUGUCUGUGGAAUUUCUGGUUCCUGGCACUUGGGAUUGAAAGGCAUUUGAAGUUGGGUGAGUUGUUACUUUUCCCAGCAGGCUGGGAAAUGAGUAUCUGCCGAAUGCUGGUACAUUUUCAUGGUCUACAUUAGUUUACGCUACACAUCAUUCUGCUUCGGGCUGACUAGCUGCUAGCCGAUGUUGAUGAAGUUUGGGAAGCAGCAUCCACUGUGACUGUUCAAAGGUGCAUUUUGUGCGCUUCAACAAGGCACUAGGUGAUGCUCACAGUUCGAAGCGUAUUUAUAACUCAUUUGAAGUAUAGCGCUGUUUUGUUUUAAGUAUUUUUUACUUGUAGCACGUAAAAACAGUGCUGUCACUCUGCAGCGCCUUAUUUUCCACUGGAAAGAGGGAAAGUGGUUGGUUGGACCCAGCAAAACAUAUGAACUAAACAAACAAAAGGAAAAAAGAAAGAUGUGUUUAAUUUGUCUUCCUUUUUUGUAUUUCUGUUGUUUCCACUGGAAAUCGGGAAGGCUCCGGGAGCGAGUACAGCAGGGAAUCAAACCCAUGGCCCGGGGGAGAGAGAGAUUGAAAGCUGCAUUACUUGUUUGAACUACAGUCCUUCACAAAGUGUUCCUUUGGUUUAGUAUAUCCACAAUGAGACUUGUAGAGUAUUUUUGACUGUUUGGAAGAUUAGACAAAAAUGAACCAAUGAAAGCAACUGCAGGAAACUGAGUAUAGAAGAGGACUUGAGCCUUGUUAAGACAUUUGACUUCUGAGAUUAAGCUUUAAAUCUUAAUUGUGGGAAAACAUGAGAAUGUUGAGAUACAAGAAUUUCAAAGUUGAUUUUCCAGAAUGAAGGUUUUUCCCUCAAAAUUCUUAUACUCCUGUUAUGGUCCUGGUCCACCUCCCAUAAGAUGUUUCACACCAGAUACAAAAACACUGAGAUGUACACUCAUUGGAAAUGAGCAUCAGCUGCUGGUAUAAUUCCAUUCAAGAUUACGUUUGUCCAGUACAUUUCUGUAGGCCUACUAUACAGGCAACAAGCUAUUUUCAGUUGAGGUCCUGAUGUAAGACAUUUGUUUGGCGGAUUUAAACAUGUUUGUGCUUGAACUGCAAGCUGGUUUGUUUCCUCAACGGUUCAAUUUAAAACUGCCACAUCAGGAAGUUUUACCUCCCAUCAGAACUCAUUUCUGCUGUUUUAAGUCGAUGACGAGAAUUGCCCAAACAAAAUCUACUCGAUACUUUCUUGAAUCCCUCAGCUCUCAAACGGUUGUGGCUCACCUUAAAACAAAAAAAAGCACUUUGAGAGUGUGACAGUGCUCCAUUGUGACCUGUCCCUUAACACGAAAAUAUUUGAAAUAAUUUCUAAAAUUUGGUUUGACUUAUUUUGAACCCACACAGUUUUUGCUACAGGUGCUAACUUUGCAACGUUGGUGCUGAAUUAAAUGACUGGCACUAGAAUGUCAUCAAGUUUCUCCUCUUCUAGUUCUGAUUGGAGCAUUUAAGAGGAGCGACUUCCUGUGAGCUAUUUCCUGAUAGACUGAUAGUGCUGCUGCCCCCUGCAGGUUGGGAUGAGCAUGCCAAACCGCCUUGUGUGUUCUCCAAAGGGUUUCUACUGAGAAACCACCUGAAUUCAUUUUCAUGUUAUCUGUGAGAAACCCUGUGUAUUCCCCGAAAAAGUUCGUUUGAGAUGUUUGGGCCAAACCACAUUCCACAAGACAAAUAAGUUGUUACUGAGCGCCAAAGUUUGUUUUUUAUCUAUGAAACCAUACUUUAGCAGAAAAUCUUAACUCAUAGUCCACUUACUGACUUUUUUCCCGGAGCUUUUACUGAUCUCAAGACCAUUGAAAUAUGAAUGAAAGCUGUGGGGGAAAAGCCAGUAAUCAGAACUUGAUUUUAAGAUUUUGUUUGUCAAACUACAUUUUUAUUAUUUUUUCUUUUUAGCAAAAAAGAAACUAAACUAAACCCCCAUCGGGCCAGUUAAUGAGGACUUUAGAUUCAAAAACUAUGAAAAAGAUUCAGUAAAAACUAAAACUUGAUUUCCAAACAUCUGUUUCAUACUUGAAUGCUGUGGAGCCUCUUACAGGCUAAUCAGAUUUAAAGUGGAUAUCUCUGCUUUCUGAUUUAGGACCACGUACUAUGAAUUGUCAUAUGUUGCCCUGUUUAAACUAGGCCACAUCAGUGUUUGGUGGUCGGCUUUAAAGAUUUCCACGUCUCUGUUCUGGUGAAUUUUACGUUCCGACAGAGUCUCUCGGUUUCCUCGUGCCCCUCCCUGAUCGGUCUGUACUCAGUCAUGUUCACCACCGACAAUUCCCUUUUCUAGAUCUUUCUGUUAGUCUUGUUUGUGCAACACUUGUAUAAUAUUGUAUUUCCUACAUGAUCUUUGAAAACGUUUUUUGUUCAAUAAAACUGAUCUAAAAAGAA